CGACAUAUAGUCGACAUAUCUCCGCAUCUUGCUUAUGCAGUUGCAUUAUGUUUGUAAGCGCGAUUUAGAUGCAUUUAGUAUAAAGUGACUGUUAUAACUUCAGUUAUUAACUUAUUCCACAUGCGCUUUAAUAUAAAUGGUGCAUUAUACAAUAGUUGAAUAAGCAACUAUUCAAAUGAGAAUGCUACUGUUGUUACUGUUAACGGUAUUAUUUCAAGGUGGUUUGUUCGAACUCGGUUGCCGUGAUGAGGAAAACAACUUAGUGGACUGGUACUACUUGUAUAAACUACCACAUGAAUAUUUUGACCGCAAUACGACAUCAUCUGGUUUCCGUUAUGCAUUCAUGACUUCAGCUGGAUCCGGUAAGUGGCAGUUAUCGGAACGGACCGUCAAUGAUAGUGCGAGUAUUCCGGGGCGUACGUUGCAACCGGUACUCGAUGAGAGCGGUAGCAGCUCGUUGGCUCUACUUUACAACGAUGAACCGCCAGAGAAUAGCACUGAUGGACUGAGGGGGCAUACUAAGGGUGUUGUGGCUACAGAUGGUACUAGUGGCUUUUGGCUUGUACAUUCAGUACCGAAGUACCCACCACCACUGGGUCAAUCGUAUCAAUAUCCGAGCUCAGGCAAGUUGUUCGGUCAAAGUUAUCUUUGCAUCAGUGUUGCUGCCGACCAAAUGGAACUGAUUGGCAUGCAGUUGCUGUUGAAUGAGCCACAUGUUUAUUCGUUCCGGAUACCAGAGGAACUGCAAGAUCGAUUUCCUAGACUGGUCAAAGUGACUCAGAUGGAAACCGACGAGAGCCCUCCCUACUGGAAAGUCUUAGAUUUGACAUCGCGCGGGGGCACGACUUUUCACUCAUUUGCUAAAAAUCGUUUCUUCAAAAAGGAAUUGUAUGCCGACUUUAUUGCACCAGCCCUUCAGGUUGGAUUGCAGGUGGAAACGUGGCAACACGGAGCUGGAAAUUUGCCGAGUGAAUGUUCGCAUUGGCCAGUAUUCAAUGUAAAAGAUGUUAAGGUUACAGAAGAUUACCACUUUUCCACUUUGAAAGAUCAUUCAAAGUGGGCCGUAUCCAGCAACUCGGACAAGGAAUACAUUUGUGUGGGCGACAUCAACCGUCAGGAACAUCAAAAGGAACGUGGCGGAGGAAGUGUUUGUAGUCAGUUGAGUUCAGUAGUUGCAGUGUAUAGAGCCUCAGUAACGUCUAUCGAAAACUGUACCCAGGAAGAGUCUAACAAGAAGUGCUCUCAUCCGCCUUACCGUGCACCAAAGAUGGUUCGAUACGACUUUAAGGUGACACGCAACAUCUCUGUCAGAUGGUUUAAUAAACACGGAACGUACAGCACAAACAUUACAUGUGCGACUCAGAGUGUUGCCGAUCCGCAACUUAACCGUACUACGAAAUCAUCUGAACCUCUGCCGGUUCGAGGUGGACCACCCGAUGUCUCAGUACAUGAUACUUCUCGAUGAAGGCCGUCGUCACUGGUCUCCUGAAUUCAAGGAUGCAAAAUGCCCACCUUUUCUACGGCUGUAAUUUUUCUGCCUACAUUCUCAUUUCUCUUUUGACGCUGCUGUCGUUCGCUAUUGCAGGACGCCCAGCGCUGUACGGCAGUCUGUAAGCAAAGCAGUAACAUGACAAAGAAAUACUGCCCCCAGUACAGCCACCAGACGCGAGCGGUACAGCUUCUCUUUCCUUAUUUUACACUUUUUAAUAUUUUUAAUCUAUUCAAUAUUUUCAAUCACAA